AUGCAAAGACCAGUAAUUGUAUUCGAAAUGGGCUCGCUCAAUACAAGAGUCGGAAUGGCUGGAGAUGAAACACCAGAACAUAUCUUUCAGACACUUGUUGGGAGAUUGAAUAAUGGGAAGGAGAUUGUUGGUGAGAAAGUAGACGAAUUAUAUGGAAAAGAAGAAAUGGAAUUGACGAAACCUGUCAAGGAAGGAAUGAUUGACAAUUGGCAAGAUGCAGAGCUCAUAUUUCAUCACGGAAUGAGUAAACAGUUGGGAGAGAAAUCGGAUUGGAGUGAUUAUUCAAUUCUUUUAUUUGAUCAUCCUUUUACAGAACAUUCAGAUAGAAUGAAAAGUUCAGAAAUUAUAUUGGAAAGUUUGGGAUUAUCUGGAUUGAAUUUUAUACAAAACUGUGUAGCAUCUUCUUUUGCUCAUGGUGAAACCAAAGCAACAGUUUUAACGAGUGGAGAUGAACUGACCUAUGUUUUGUCUAUUCAUGAAGGUCGUUUAAUUCCUCAUACGACAGAGAAAUAUUCGAAAGCAGGAAGAGAUUUAACACAAGUCAUGCUCGAAGGAAUGGAAUUUUCUGACUCAUCAAACUAUGAUGAAUAUACACGAAUGAAAUUUGCAAGAAUGGCAAAAGAAACUCUUGCACAUCUUGCAAGGUCUGGAAAGAGUGUGUCAACAACUAGGUUCCAAUUACCUGAAUUGACCAAUUUCGAGCUUCCAGAUGGGAAUACUGUGCGAGUGUUUGCCUCUACUCGUCUUGCUUGUACUGAAAGUCUUUUCCAAGAUGAAGAAUUCAGUUCUUUCGUCUAUUAUCGAAUUCCAUUGAGUGAUGGAUCCAAAGACGAAAGGUCAGGAACACUCAUUCUCAAUGGAGGAAAUACUCUGCUCGAAGGAUUUGAUAAGAGAUUGGACGCUGAAGUCACACGUGCCUUCCAUCGCAUUGGAAAUGUAUCAGUCUUGCCAAGCAUUGAAAAUAGUGCUUGGGUCGGAGGUUCAAUUCUUGCCUCUUUCACACAAUUUUCUCUAAUUUCCAAACGUGAAUAUGAAGAGAUGGGAAAACAAGUUUUAGAAAAGAAGAUUUUCUAA